AUGUCCAUAUUGGGAUACGUGCCUGCUUUGGUAGUGCAGCAUCUUUUGAAUCUAAAAAUGAAUAAAUUAUUGAGAAAAUUACCAGAGAAAUAGAGAAUAAGAAGUGUUGUGAUGUUUGCAGAUAUAUCUGGAUUUACACGAUUAACAGAACUAUUGAGUUAAUUGGGAACUGAAGGGGCGGAGCGAAUAGCAUUUGCAAUUAAUCGCUACAUGGAAUUAUUGGUUUAAGGAAUAGGAAGAAGUGGUGGUGAUAUUUUCAAAUUUGCAGGAGGUAUAAAAGUUUUAAAUAUUCUUAAGAUGCUAUGAUUGUUAUCUGGCCUCCUCCUCCAAAUGAUCAAAACUUUCAGCAGAAUUUAGAAACUUUGCUUAAAUAAGCCAUUUAGUCGGCUUUGUUAAUAUAAGAAAAAUUAACAAAAGCAUAGAUUGAAUAGGGCAUAUAACUUAGUGUAAAGAUCGGCUUUGGAGUGGGAGAAAUGAACAUAAUUCAUGUCGGAGGUGUUUUCAAUAGAAUGGAGUAUUUGGCAACUGGAGACCCUUUGAUCUAGGCUUUUCAUUCUGAACACUGUUUGACUGAGGGUGGAAAAAUAAUCAUCUCUUAGUAGAUUUAUGAUAUGAUUAACAAUUUCUUCGAAUGUUAGAAGGUAGUUGAUCAUGAAGGACACUACGAGGUCAUUAAACUAUAGUAAGCCAAAGUUAAGAUGAAGGCAGAUGCACUUUUAAUCAAAAAUAAUAUCACCUUAUCAUAAUUCCAAAUGAUUAGAAAUGAGAUCCAAUCUUACAUCCCUGCUGCUCUUCUACCUUACAUUGAUAUAAAUGAAGAAGCAUGGAGUGCUGAAUUGCGAAGAUUGUCUAUAAUGUUUGUAAACUUAAAAAUGGAUUUGAAUUCUGCAAAAAAUGCUUAGGGAUUGGAAUAAAUUUAAAGAGUCAUUAAAACUGUAUAAAAAUGUAUUUAUAUGCAUGAAGGAUCAUUAAAUAAGCUAUUAAUGGAUGAUAAGGGUUCAACUUUAAUUGUUGUUUUUGGUCUUCCUCCUCUAAGUCACUAAAAUGAUCCUGUCAGAGCAAUCUUGACAGCAUAAUUGAUGAAUAAAGAAUUGCCAAAAAUUAAUUGUGGCUGCUCUAUUGGAAUUGUUACAGGCACUGUAUUUGCAGGAGUAGUUGGUACAAGUGGUUCAAGAAGAGAAUACUCAGUUCUGGGUGAUUCUGUAAAUCUUGCAGCGAGAUUGAUGCAAGCAGCUUGUUCGGAGACAACUCACAAAAUUCUGAUGUGUUUGGAAACUGCUAAGAGUGCUGGAAAUUGUAUAAGUACUGCCUUUUUGAGAUAAACUUAAGUUAAGGGCAAGAAUGCUCCUGUUCACAUUUAUGUGCCACUUGAUAAAUAAGUGGAACCAACUCAGGGUAAUUUGUUACCCAAUUUCAAAACUCAUAAUUAUGCAUACGGAUUUGCUAAGAAAUCAGAUUUUAUUGCUGUUUAAUUAUUUGGAAGAGAGGAAUAGCAUAAAAAGUUGUUGAAUCAAAUUGAUAAGGUGAUUAAAGGAGUUGACAAGAAGAGUUUGAUAAUUCUAAAAGGAACUUAUGGAUGUGGAAAAAGUAUUCUGGCUAAAAAGGUGUUGCAUAGAGUGUAGGAGAAGAUCAAUUCCAAUUAGUACAGUCCAUGGAAGUAUGGUGAGUAUCCGCAUAUCCUUGUUUAAUAAUUGGAUCCCAUAACGAGGACAUUUAAAUUAAAUGGAUUAAGGAGUAUUUUGAAAUAAAUCUUUUUAUUGUAUGCAAAAAGAGUAGAGAAACCACCAAAUAUGGAUUUAUUCAAUAUGAUGGUGGAUGUUAAUAUUCAUCCACAGAAUAUGAUUUAAAUGUUAUAGGAGAUAGUGGGUUUGAAUGAUAACAGACAUUUAGAGAAGUUCCCUGCAAGAUAACAAGAAGAGGACAAAGAAAUCGAUGUCAAAAGAAUAGUGUUUCAAUUUUUAAGCAAUUUCUUUGAGUAAAUUCCCAGUAAAUUCUCUGAAUUGUACGAAGGAAGAGCUCCAGAUCAAAUUGGAUGGGAUGUGAUGAAGUCAUCUGUUCAAAGAUAAAUCAAUUAUUCUAUUAAAUAUACUAAUAUUAUAGCACCUGUGGUUUUGUGUUUAGACGAUAUUUAGAAUUAUGAUUAAAUUUCAUUCCAAAUUUUGAGAUAAAUGGUUAAAACAUAUGAUAGACUUACUAUUUUGGCGUUGUACAGAGAUUCAUUUCAAGAAAUGAUUAUCUAACCAAAAGUGGCAGAGAAAAGGAAGUCUCAGGAGGAUAUUGCUAUUGAAGGAAUUACAGCAUUGGAGGAUAGAAUGGAUGGAAAUCCUUUUAUAUUGAUGCAAUUAAGAGGAGUGGAAAGAAAAGGAGGAGUAGAUGAUGAAUUUGCUAAGAUGAUCAGAUUUUCAUUCAAUAUCCAGAAGUUUACACCAGAGUAGGAAUUUAGAUAAAGUAUUGCAGAAGGCAGUAUUAGAAAAAGAAACACUUCUUCAAUUCAUGAUGUCGUAAUAUAAGAGAAUCAAUCAAGAGAAAUUAAUAAUUAAUUUCUAUUUUGUGAGAACAAACAGAAACUAAUUAAAACUGAUGUUGAGUUAUUGUUUAUGUAGUGGAUCUAUAUGAAAACUGGCGGAAAUCCAUUAAUGGUUUUGAACUUUGUGUAAAAUUUGAUUGAUUUGGAUUUGAUCAGACUAAGUCCUAAGAAUGCUACCAUAACAAACGAAUUAGUUAAUUUAAUUAAUUAUGAAGAAAGUAUCAUAGUAGAUGCUCCUUAUUGUAGAAUUGAAGUAAACGGUCCUAUCAUUGAUAAGUUAUCUUGUUUAGAAUAGCUAUUAUUGAAAUCUGCUAGUGUCAUUGGAGAUAUAUUUGACAUCCAAUUGUUGAAUAAGACUUAUCCAUUCAAAAAUGCAGUCAACAAUAAAUUGUAAAAGUUUUUGGAUGAAUUAGAGGCAAAAGAAGUUAUUGAAGUCAUGGAAGUUAGAGAAUAAAAUAUCUUCUAUCGUUUUACAUGUCCCUUCAUGAGGGAUUGUCUUUAUUAGAGGAUUACUUUUAAAUAAAGAAGAUAAUUACAUAAGGCUGUGGCUGAGGCCAUUUAACAAUUGCCUUUACCAUUUGAAACUGAAGAAUUAGUGGAAUGCAAGAAACUGCAAUUCUAAUGGUUGAUGGCAGAAUCUAAUGCUUAUCAAUAAAUUAACUUUGAAAAUAAUGAUGAUAAUAAAUCUAAUUCCAAACCCAACUUUUUGGUCAAUCUAAUUAAUCCCAAAUGUACAUAAGAUACACAAAAAUUUUAGAAUAUGUCAAGUAAAGCACUGAAAUCCAUCAUUUUAAAAUAAAUUGGAAAUAAGUUCAAUAGAUCCUAAAACCAUGCAAACAUUAUUUUGAGAGGAGGAGUCUUGAUUAAGAAAUCCAAAAAUAGAGUAUCUUCAGUUCCCAGGUAUGUGAUUCUGGAUGGCAAAGAACUCAAGUUGUAUUAGAAUAGACAAGACUCUCUCAAUAGUGAAUUACCCUUAUGCUCAAUUCCAUUAAAGAGCAUAUAUUCAGUCAUGGCUUUGGAAAGUGACAAGAACUUUACUUUACAAAUUGGUUCAACCUAUUGGUAUAAGAAUUUGAAGGAAAUGGGGGAUAGAAAGUUUCUAUUUGAUGCUAAGGAUAAUGAAGAUUUAUAAUUAUGGACAAUCUAUUUGGAAUUCGCUAAGGCUCUUGCCAUUUAUGAGGAUUUCACUAAUAACUAUGGUAAAAUAUGCUUCCCCUUAUCCAACCAAUAUGAAUAGUAUGAUUCACAAUUUAAAUAUGACAUAAGAAUUGAAGUAUAUAUUAUCAUCAUAUACAUAGAAUAAAUCGAUUCGAGGAAUAUAAAUAGAAAAAACACAAAAAAACAAUAAGGAGUCAAUUGUCUAAAGAAACAGCAUACGCUCCAACAGACACUCGAAAUUUACUGUUUCAAGUAAACAAUUUAAGUUUAUGGAAAAGAAUUCAACUGAUGAAUUAUAAACUUAGAGUGCUUAAGUAGUGGAUAUGCAAUUAUUAAAAGAAAGAGUCAAUUUGUUUUUGUAAAAAGGGUGCGUAUAUUUUUCAUUUUAUAUAGUAUUUUGCUCUUGUUUUCUCAUUUAUUUGAACAAUCAAUUCAAAAGGCAGACGAUUUCAAAAUUUUAGGGAAUACUAGCAUUGCAAUGAGAAAAUUGAAUAACGUUUUUAAGAUAGAUAAGCAAUUGAUUAAUGAACACAAUAAAAAAUCAAGUGCUUUUUUGCAACAACAAUAAAUAAUGAUGGAGGACAAACAAGAAACAAAAUUAUAGGAUAAUUGGGAAAUAGUAAUUUAGAAGGUAGAAAUGGAUAAUGAUUUAACAAAUAAUCAAAAUUCAAAUUUUAUGCUGGAAGAGAAAAUAGAGAAAACUGAUAUGAUUUUUGAGUUAGAGAGAAAAAAUUCAUAAGAUUAAGAAAAAUUGUAGGAACUAGAAAAUGAUGACUAGACACCGAAAUUAAAUUUAUAGGUGAAAUCAUUCAGAGAUAUUAAGGAAAACAUAGAUGAGGAGGAAAUAGACAACUUUUAAUUGGAUGGUAUUCACAUAUAUAAAUAUUAAUUUAGAGAGUGCAUUAAGAAAACAAUAGCAUUUAAGAAUUCAAAGAUUAUAAAAUUUUAAAUGUUCUUUUGGCAAUGAUUCAUUUCAAAAAAUGCAUUCUGAAAGCGUAUUAAGAUCUUCACCUUUGAUGAAAUAAGAAGAUACCUUGACUGAAGUUUUGGCCACUCAAUCUCAAACUGAAAAUUCAAAGAGAGAAUCUACAGACAUAUACUAAUCAUCUUAACAGCCACCUUUAUUGUUAACUAAGAUAUCAGAGAAGGAAUCAAUUACGGAUGCUUCUUGUUAAGUGAGUCGACAUUUAUCUACAUGUUAUGUGGAUAAGAUAAUUCCAGUAAGUAACAAUUAAAGAUCCAGAUAGACUAGCAAUAUCAAUAAUUAAUAAAAUAGGUCACCUCCUCAUACAUAAAAAUCAUUGACCCCUACAAAUCACUCAUAAAAAAAUACUUAAUUUAACUUAUUGGACGAAUGCAAAUCUAAAGCAAAAAGAGAUUCAUAAUUAUCAUCUUAAAUGAAUUCAGGCAGAAAUAAGCCUGCUCAUUUGCUAACAAAUUAUAUCAAUUCCUAGAAAACCUUUUCUAAAUAAAAUAGUAUUGUUUAUGGCACAGCUAUUAAUAAUUGUAAGCCAAUAACAGGCGAUAAUUUUAUUCUAAAACCUGGGUAUAAGGUGAUAGUCUAAAAGAUCGACAAGUAGGCACAAUUGAUAGAAUGUUUGUAUGAAAACUUAAUUGGAAUUUUCAGAUUGAGAGACAUUGCUGUUAUUGAAGGUAUUUAAAAUUAAUAUAUUGAAAUAAGAUCCUACUAUUGAGUAAAAAAUAGAAAUUACAUCAAUCUUAUCAAAAUAGUCAAGCAAAAGUCCAUUAAAAAAAUAAUUAUAAACCACCAGACCUAAACCGUUCCUAACUCCUACUAAAAAAAAUUGA